AUGACGAUGCUAGACGCCUUGAUCACUCUACCCGAAUACGAAAAAGCCAUCCAAGAGGACGCUGAAGCAAAGGAUUUUACCCCGCCUGGAAAACUCGCCUACAGCUAUGAAUCAGAUGGCAGGCAAUUUGAGAUUUGGUCUGGAUCUCUUGCGGAUCCCAAGGUGCGAUGCAUCCUGGACCGCGCCCAGGUUCUGGUGUCUCUGUUCGUUGAAGCCGGAACUCCGAUCCAGACAGAUGAUCCGGAAUGGAGCCUUGAACGAUGGAUGGUGUUCUUUGUGUAG